GGAGUCAUGUUGUCCUUUCAAAUAUAGUACUCAUCUUCAGUAUUUUUUUUUUAUAGUCUUGAGUUGAUGAUACUGUGUGGUCAACUGAGAAAUGAAGGCUCGGUAAUGAAGGGAGCUUGUCAAAUUGUGGCCAGCUGAUCAGAAGCCAGCUGCUUUUUCUCAUGGAGGUGUUGCCUCUGUGUGGAAGUCCUGAAUUAGAUUUAUUCAAACCUCACAAAGACAACUGUGGAGCUUGCUUUUGUGUCUUUGUAAGAGUUCUGUGCUGCUAAUACCAGAAGAUAGUAGGGGACAUGCAGGCAUGAGUUAGAUUAAUGCUUGAGUUGAGAGCAGCAGGAAGUACAGCAGUAUUUUUGGAAUGGUUGUCACGGUAGAGACUGUAAGAGGACAAAAAUGAGGAGGAACAAGGGGCAGUACUCUGAAUAGCUGUGGGGAGGAGGGGGCAAAGUAAAGCAGUGGAUGAAGGACCUUACUCUAGGAAAGGAGAUAACACAUUUUUCUAUAAUAUUCCUCUCCAGCACAGUUGGAAAGUGAGGAAAUGCUUACCCGUACUGCUCUGGUGACUGCACUUGUAGGGUGGGGUAGACAAUGCAGUGGAUUCCUGUAGGCUCUCCCUCUAGUUUUUGUACAUGCUAUCUGCUACUCCAGUUGCCUCCCUUCUUAUCUCUUUGGGUUCAGCUAUCACAGUUGUUCUUUAGACUUCCUUCUGCUACAUUGUAUAAGAAAAGGGCACCGGUCUCUUGCGAGGUCUUCUUUGAAAUCCUUGAUAAGGGCCUUAACACUUCUGCCAGUUGAGAGGUUAGUGCAUCUGCCAGGAAUCUGUUAAUAAACACUGCUUUUGUUUUCUCGUCUAGCAGUCUGUUAACUCUAGGUACAGAGCAUGAGCUGCGGAGUCGCUCUGUACACCAGACUCAGGUAUCCUAUUUGUAGGUGCAAGUGGAUUCAUGUUUAGCCAGAGCCCUCCUUGCGAGUAAGGCUGUCUUGUCAGUGUCUUGAUGCAAGGAUCUUCAUUAAUGUACAGUUCCUGCAUAAAUAAGUACAUACAUCUAUACUUUGGACACAGGCAGGUGAAUGUUCCUGCUUUAUGCUGGCAGUAAUAGGCACUCUGUAAAAGUGCUUGUCUGCCUUGAGGUUCAGUGGUCAUUUUACGUUGACUGUAAGUGCUGACUUCCCCUGAGAUUUGAGGACUGUAAGUAGCAAAGCUGGAGUUGUGGUGUCAUUGCUUUAAACGGAGAUGAUACUUCUGUGUGAGUGUGUUGUCCUUUCAAAGUGACAGUGCAGUGUGAACUCCUUAAAUGAACAGUACACUGGGAAGCUUUAAGGUAGUUCUGCAUUGUGUCCUGGUAGCCUCGGAGUAGUUUGCAUCUGAUUUGUUGGCUUUGGUACCAUGAGAGGAUUUGAGGAGUUACCUUCUGGUACUGAUUCUUUAUGCCUGCAUUCAUACUCUCAUUGUUUGGCUUGAAGAUGUAGUUAUUGUUUAAGAUUAUAUAUGCUGUGAGGUUCAGCAGGCAGCUUCUUGUUCCUAGCACUUGGGUUGGUAUGAUACCUGAGAAUUUCAGUGUAUGAACAGCAGUGCUUGUGCACUAAUUUCUGCAGCAGUUUGUUGAAAGUAUCUUUUGGUGAGGACUCAUGGCUUGGAUCAGAUGUUGCUUUCCACACUGUAGCAGUAGGGUUUGCUUUGUGCCACCCCUAGCAGCUUCCUCGUGAAUCGCUCAGCAGUUGCUCCAGAGAAAUGCCCCGCUACUUCUGGGAACACUGGAGCUGCGCUGCCUUCAGAUAGAUGGAACUGAGCAGAGCUUCAGGCCCCGCUGGGGGCUGGUGUGCUAUUGCUAGCAGUUCUGGAAUUGUAGUGUACUUCAACACAAUAAGUAUCCCAGAGGAGGUGAGAUUGAUUAGCUGUUAAAGGAGGAAGCUAAAUAAAUGGCUUUUCAAGGAAGUAUGCUGCUGAACUUGCUUAAGUAGUGUUAAGUGAAGAGUGAAACAGGGUAAAUUACCUCCUGUUUAUCCAUUAGAGUUUAGUUAAAAGACUUCUGAGGGAGUAUUUGCUACAGCAGCCCACAGAAGAAGGACUAAAUGGGGCUUUCAUCUGCAGCUGAGCAGGAGGAGGAUGCUCUGCUGGGGACGGGCUGGAGCACAGCCAAGGCCAGCCAUGCUGUUGAUCUUUGCUACUGAAGCAAAAAGAAAACACUGGUCGUAGAGCUCAGUUCCUCACUGUUUGUAGUAGUGUCUUACAUUUAGUAAAUAUUUGAGGAAAACUUGUUGAACAGUGAAUUCCUCUCUAGCAGGGAGGAAUCUUGUAAUAACUUUCCCAGUGAAAAUCAUGGGUUACUGUCCAGACUUCUCCUCCCUGCCCCCUCAAGUUAUAGGAUUGAAAUUGGAUGCGUACUUUACUUAGAAAUUUGUCAUAUUGAUGUGGGUUCUUAUGGGUGGGUAAUAAUCAAUGAACCACAGUGACAACAACGUGCAGCUUGUGCAGGUAGGUUGGGUGCUCUGGGAUAGAUAUGGGACUGUCAGCAGCUGUUGGAAUGCUUGCUGUGCUUAAUGCAUCUCCUGUGAAGGCAGACAGCAUCAUAACUGAACUGAACUAAUUGGUAACUGCUGUUGAGGGACUUUGUCCUCCUCUCCUCUGUAAAUGACGCAGUCAUGGACUAGCGUGGCUUUGGAAAGCUUACGUUGGGUAGGAUUUGGGAACUUUGGUUUUCAGUAGCUUGUAUCAUUGUGUUCUGGUGAUUUCUCCCCCUGCCAAAUGUGCUUAUAGCUAGCAAUGAUAUAAAGCGUUUAAUGCAGGGAUGUGAUGCUCCAGUAGCAUGGAAAAGGUUUACUGGAAAGACGCCUGGUAAAGAUGCGUGCAGCGCUGGUGGGAGGAGGUGGCCAAGCUGGAAAAGCACCUGAUGCUUCUCCGCCAGGAGUAUGUGAAGCUGCAGAAGAAACUAGCUGAUACGGAGAGGAGAUGCAAUCUUCUGGCUGCCCAGGCUAACCAAGACAAUGCCAGCGACACUUUCAUCAGCCGACUUCUUGCCAUUGUAGCUGAACUCUAUCAGCAGGAGCAGUACAGUGAUCUGAAGAUAAAAGUUCGGGACAAGCGUAUCAGUGCUCACAAAUUCGUCUUAGCAGCACGCAGUGAUGCUUGGAGUCUUGCCAACCUUGCCUCAACAGAGGAGCUGGAUCUGUCAGAUGCUGACCCAGAGGUAACCAUGGCAAUGCUGCGCUGGAUCUACACAGAUGAACUGGAGCUAAGAGAAGAUGAUAUCUUUUUGACAGAGCUCAUGAAACUAGCUAAUAAAUUUCAGCUCCAGCUGCUUAGGGAAAGAUGUGAAAAAGGAGUCAUGUCACUAGUUAAUGUCAGGAACUGCAUUCGUUUCUACCAGACUGCUGAGGAGCUGAAUGCUAGCACUCUUCUGAAUUAUUGUGCGGAAAUAAUUGCUAGUCACUGGGAUGACUUGCGGAAAGAAGACUUCAGUAGCAUGACUGCUCAGCUGUUGUAUAAAAUGUUCAAGUCGAAGACAGAAUAUCCUUUGCAUAAAGCUAUUAAAGUUGAGAGAGAAGAUGUAGUCUUCUUGUAUCUUAUUGAAAUGGAUUCACAGCUUCCUGGGAAGCUCAAUGAAUUGGAUCAAAAUGGAGAUCUUGCUUUGGAUUUAGCCCUCUCCCAAAGAUUGGAGAGUAUUGCAACUACGCUGGUCAACUACAAGGCUGAUGUAGAUAGGGCAGACAAGAGAGGCUGGAGUCUGUUACAUAAAGCCAUCCAAAGAGGAGAUAAAUUUGCUGCAAACUUUCUCAUUAAGAACGGUGCCCGUGUGAAUGCUGCUACGCUGGGAGACCAGGAGACUCCUCUGCACCUUGUGGCAUCAUACAGCCCUAAGAAGCAUUCACCUGAUGUCAUGGCAGAGAUGGCACAGAUAGCAGAAUCCCUCCUACAGGCAGGAGCCAAUCCAAAUAUGCAAGACAGCAAAGGAAGGACCCCAUUGCACGUGUCAAUUGUGGUCAGAAAUGAGCCCGUAUUCAGUCAGCUUCUCCAGUGCAAACAACUAGAUUUGGAGCUGAAGGAUCAUGAGGGAAGCACAGCUCUGUGGCUUGCAGUUCAGUAUAUCACUGUAUCAUCUGAUCAAUCUGUAAACCCUUUCGAGGAUGCACCUGUUGUAAAUGGAACUUCGUUCGAUGAGAACAGUUUUGCAGCAAGGUUGAUCCAACGAGGCAGCAAUACAGAUGCUCCAGACACAGUAACAGGGAACUGCUUGCUUCAGAGGGCAGCUGGUGCAGGAAAUGAGGCAGCUUCUCUCUUCCUAGCAACUCAUGGAGCAAAAGUCAACCACCAAAACAAAUGGGGGGAAACACCAUUGCAUACUGCCUGUAGGCAUGGCCUGGCAAACUUGACGGCAGAACUUCUGCAACAAGGAGCCAAUCCAAACAUUCAGACUGCAGAAGUGGCACCUGGCCAAAAGGAUGCAUCUUCUCCAACAGCAGAGAAUGUUUAUCUGCAAACUCCCCUUCACAUGGCUAUCGCUCACAAUCAUCCAGAUGUGGUAUCAGUCAUCCUGGAACAAAAAGCUAAUGCUCUUCAUGCGACCAACAACUUGCAGAUCAUUCCUGAUUUUAGUUUAAAGGACUCGCGAGACCAAACUGUGCUGGGAUUGGCUCUUUGGACAGGCAUGCACACAAUAGCAGCUCAGCUGCUUGGAUCUGGAGCAUCCAUCAAUGACACAAUGUCAGAUGGACAGACUCUGCUACAUAUGGCAAUACAGAGACAAGACAGUAAGAGUGCACUCUUUCUGCUGGAACAUCAGGCAGAUAUAAAUGUCAGAACACAGGAUGGAGAGACUGCGUUACAGCUGGCUAUAAAAAACCAGCUCCCUCUUGUGGUUGAUGCUAUUUGUACCAGGGGAGCAGAUAUGUCUGUACCAGAUGAAAAAGGAAAUCCUCCUUUAUGGCUUGCCUUAGAAAAUAACCUGGAAGAUAUUGCAUCAACUCUGGUUAGGCAUGGCUGUGAUUCAACCUGUUGGGGGUCAGGACCAAGUGGUUGCUUGCAGACUCUUCUUCACAGAGCUAUUGAUGAAAACAGUGAACAAAUAGCAUGCUUUCUUAUUCGCAGUGGCUGUGAUGUGAAUAGUCCCAGAAAGCCAGGUCCUAACGGGGAAGGAGAAGAAGAGGCUCAUGAUGGGCAGACACCACUACACCUGGCAGCCUGCUGGGGUCUAGAAGAAGUGAUUCAGUGCCUUUUGGAGUUUGGUGCCAAUGUUAAUGCUCAGGAUGCAGAAGGAAGAACUCCAAUUCAUGUUGCCAUUAGCAACCAACAUAAUGUUAUAAUUCAGCUUAUGAUUUCACAUCCAGAAAUUAAGCUAAAUGUACGUGACAGGCAAGGAAUGACUCCCUUUGCAUGUGCUAUGACCUAUAAAAAUAAUAAGGCAGCUGAAGCAAUCUUGAAGAGGGAGCCAGGAGCUGCUGAGCAGGUGGAUAACAAAGGUCGCAAUUUUCUACAUGUAGCUGUGCAGAACUCUGACAUCGAGAGCGUGUUGUUCCUGAUAAGUGUGCAGGCUAACGUAAACUCUCGGGUCCAGGAUGCUUCUAAACUAACACCUCUCCACCUGGCAGUGCAAGCUGGCUCAGAGAUCAUUGUGCGUAAUCUGCUGCUUGCAGGUGCCCAGGUGAACGAACUGACCAAGCAUCGUCAGACUGCUCUCCACUUAGCAGCCCAGCAAGACUUGCCCACCAUUUGUUCAGUCCUUCUGGAGAAUGGAGUAGACUUUGCAGCUGUAGAUGAAAAUGGAAACAAUGCUCUUCAUCUGGCAGUGAUGCACGGCCGCCUGAACAAUAUCCGGGUCCUCCUCACAGAAUGCAAUGUAGAUGCUGAAGCCUUUAAUAUUAGAGGCCAGUCACCAAUGCAUAUUUUGGGACAAUAUGGGAAAGAUAAUGCAGCAGCCAUCUGUGACCUCUUCUUGGAGUGUAUGCCAGAAUACCCUCUAGACAAACCCGAUGCUGAAGGAAACACAGUGCUCCUGCUGGCUUAUAUGAAGGGAAAUGCGAACUUGUGCCGUGCAAUAGUGAGAGCUGGGGCUCGCCUUGGAGUUAACAAUAAUCAGGGAGUCAAUAUCUUCAACUACCAAGUUGCUACAAAACAGCUUCUCUUUAGAUUACUGGAUAUGCUCACAAAAGAACCUCCCUGGUGUGAUGGCUCCAACUGCUACGAGUGCACUGCCAAAUUUGGAGUCACAACAAGAAAGCAUCACUGCCGACACUGUGGACGCCUGCUCUGCCAUAAGUGCUCAACAAAGGAGAUUCCUAUCAUAAAAUUUGAUCUGAACAAACCGGUUCGAGUUUGCAACAUCUGCUUUGAUGUCCUGACUCUGGGAGGAGUUUCCUAGUAUGCUGUGGAAGUAAAGGGAUUUCCAGUCUGUGUUCCUGACAGCAGCUCUGCUUACAAGUCCUCUGGAUAGGGAAGAGGAGGCCUAUACAUGUCUUCUGCAAUAGACUGAACUAAUUAAGGACCCUGUUUAUGAUAUAUUCUGGUAUAAAUGACUUUGUAUGACUGUAAAUGUGUUGGGCUGUGAUAGACUUCACUAGGAAUUCGAGUGGAUUGUUGAAACCAAGUGACAAAAUAAUUUAGACGCUCUUCUAGUUGCAGUGGGGUGUGGAAGCUCAAGGCUGUGUUUUGAAUUGACGUAAAACAGGUCUGUCCUUGAGGUGGUGCUUUGCACUGAGCAACUCUAUUAAGUCCUGUUGCUUUCAGGCUGCUUAGUAGAGAUGGCAUUAAGUUUCAGGGUAACCAGGUAUCUUUCUUUGCUUUGUCUUAAAGAUUAACUUUCCCGUUCUCUAGAGAAGACUUCUUGUGAAGCUAGACUGAGCUGUUACAACCACUGUUCAUUUCAAGAAACUCUUCAAAAAUGGGAGUUAGUCCGAAGCAUAGCUCGAUAAUUGUGGCCUUACAACAGAAAGCUUUACAUCUGAUGCAAAGCAGUCAGAAUUGCAGAUCCACAUCUUGAUACCUCCUCAUUAGUGUUAGCAUGUUCAAGAGAAGUGCAAGAUUGUUUUAGCCACUAAAUACUCUUGCUCAUACCUGUUAGAGCUGUCCAAGCCUACCUUGUUGCACUUUCAUAUCUCCAUGACUAGUCCUUCCAAUCCAUGAAACUCGUGUAAAUGACCUUAAAUGCGCUGAAAGGCCGAAGCUUAUGCUAAAUGGAGAAACACUAAAAAAACUGGUUAAGUAGUCUAACUCGGCAUACAGCAAUAAAUGCUGAAGUGCAUUAUGAAUUCCGUGAGGGAGGGUAGCGCUUUCCUUUGGUUUGGAGACCCUGGUUAACUGCUGCAGGAGAGGCAGGAAACUGAGAAUAUGCUGUGUCUCUGGGUCCAGUCUGAGCAGGAUUGACAGCCAGUGGGAGUGUACUUGGAGGUUUCCUGUUAAUAUAAAGCCUCUGGUGUUGAGGGAAGGAUUCUGGACUUGCAGUGAAGGGCCGGGCUUCUGGGUUAUGCUGCAGUAUUUUAAUCUAAGCUGGUGAUGUUCUCUUAAACAUGCUGAAUCUGUGAAAUGCUCAUGCCACAUUGUCUAGGAAACCAAUCUGCUGAUAAACAAGGUUGUGGUUUGGCAGGCAGAGGCUUCAGUCAGAAGAAGAUGUGGGUUUAAGCAGAACUAUGUGCCAUGUUAAGGCUUUCUUCAUCCUAAGAGAUCAAUCUAGUUUAGACUGAACUUGACAUUCCUCACCUCUGUUCCAUGAACUGGUACGUGUUUACUUCAAGAAUGGUAUAUGGAGUGUACAAUAUGGAGAAGAUGGUGACACAUUGCUCUAUUUGCUCCAAAGGGUUAGAUGAGAUGGUAAACCAGACUGCUGCUUUUAUAGGAGACUUGCCUGAGGCUUCUUCUCAAUUUUGUACAAGAAAUGAUGGGAGAGGGUAUAAACACUAUUGUUUGCACAAUGAAUUUCACAUUGUCUCACUUGAUCUGCACUUUGAUCUUCCAAUUUGCAUAGAACUGGAAUCUCACUCUUUUAACACUAGAAAAGAGUAAUGGAUGAUGCAAUACAAAUUUCCCUCACUGUUUUAUGUCUGAUGCUGGCAUGUUCCAGUAGAAUGCCCUGUGUAAUGCAAAUGGUCUGUGUAGCACCAUUCCUAAUAUAAAGGGUGCAUUUCUGGUAUCAUGUCAGUUGCAUUUUAUGCUUAGAUGAAUGAGGUGGGAGAUAAUGCUGUCUGAAGCAUUUAACUGCACGCUACAGCUUGUUCGAAUAGAUUGUGGAAAACAUUUUCUAGUCAAUGUCUUUCUGUGCUUCAAAAUAACAUGGAUUGCAAGUCUCUGGCAAUGAAAGACAACAGAGUGCUGCAGAGAGUGCAUUAGGCUACAGAAUGCCUGACUACAAUGCAUCACGUUAUCAUGCUAGCUUCUCUCCUGGCUUUGAGCUUCAGUGCUUGAAAGACUGAAACACUGUGGUAGAGGAGUGUCCUUCUAGGGCUGCAGCUGAUGGACUUAAUUGUUGUGGAGCUUUCCAAUUUAGAUUAAGUGCUUCAGCAAUUACAUCUUACAUCUUCAGUGACUUCCCUGAUGGCAGAGUUAGGAGAGCGGAGAUUCUAUUCCAACAGAAUAAGCAGCUGUUUAAAUACUUUAAAAAAUAAAAAGUCUUAAUGAAAACCCAUUUUAAACAGAACAUAAGUUUGAGGCUGGCUAGUUGCUCUUGUUUAAAAGCAGAGUGUGAAAUAAGACUGCCUGAAGCUUUGGGAAAGAUCUGGGGAACUGUACUCAGUGCUCUGUUUGCCCUUUCCAGCCAAUAUUCUGCCAGCUUGAUCUUUCCUACUGAAGUCUGCAAGCCGAGUUAUGAGUAUGGCUGAACUAAUACACAGCCUGAAACAUUCAUUUAAAUUCAAAGCAACUAAAUAUAGCAAAUUCGAUCAUUUUUAAAGUGCCUUUGUGAUAGUUUCCUUACAACCGACUCUGUAUAGCUUUCUGCUAGAGUUAAAAGGGAAAAGCUCACAACUUGAACCAAAAUCCCAGUUCAGUGCUUGUGUAGUUCAGACUUCAGCUUGAGAGGUUGACCCCACCGAGCAACUGGUGGGGCUCAGUCCUUCGUGCACUCUGCAUGGUAUUGGUCUGAAGCAUCAGAUCUCAGAUCCUUCUGGAGUUUUGCUGGCAAUGCUCCACUGCAGAGGAGAAACUGUGAAUGGAGGCACUUGGUAAUUUGGUAGUGGUCAGCACAUUUCUAUCUCCGUAAGCAAACGCACUUCCUUUUUGUAGCAUACUGCAGUUGUGACCAAAAACCCCACCCCUCUUCCCACUGCUGUCUUUAAGUGGUAUCUAUUAACUCGAGGCUUGAGUCUGCCAAGGACUGAACACAAGGGUAUAGAGAAAAGGAGGUGUCCCUGGGAAGCGGUGCUGUCAGGCCAGGCUUCGGGCCCUUCAGCAGGGCUGCACGAACAUCUGUGGUAGUUCAUCUGUAGCUGUUUGUUCCGAGCCUGGAUUCCUUCUGAUUGGAGUCAUCGGGCGCUUCGAUACAAGCACAAAACGUGGUCUGGCUUAAACUUCACUUUGUGUAUCUCUUUGAAGAAGGUGUAAUCACUGCUUCGUGCCACUGAGUGGAGUGAGAAUGUCAGUGUGACAGGUACUAACAGAGCGCAGCGAGCUGAAAGUGGACAGAUGCCUUAAUGACUUCCAGUGCUGGAGAUCAAUGGCUCGUACAACUCCUCACAUAGUGCUUAGAAAUUAACACGGAACGACAUGGGAGGCCCGGGCUGGAUUUGUUAGUAGGCAACUCUUUUUUUUUUUCCUUUAACCAGCAGAGUUUGAAUACUGCAGCAAACUUCGUUAACUCAAAGCUUGUAUGAGUGAUUACAUAAGUAAUUGAACCUUCAACUAGGCUCUGUGAAAUAGAAAAGGAAGUCUUACAACGAUGGCAUUUUAUCUGCGAUGUUUGUCUGGAGUCAUUGUAAAAAUGUAUUUUUCCAAUAUGCAUUACUUUGUUGUGUAAUAAUUCUACUUGUAAUAAAAUGCAUAACUAAAUAAUGCA